UGUGUAAAUUAACGUUGUCAUCCCUGAUUUGCCAAACCGACUGCAGAAAGAAACCAUGCUUGAUAACGCAAGAAGAGUUUCGGCAACACCCAAAUCAGAUCACAGAGUCUCAAUCUCGAAGCACUCCUUUCUUCAAACCCUAACAACUCUGAUUCAUUCUCUCUCUCUCUCUCUCUCUCUCUCUAAAAACCAUGGAGUUGAAAUCGCGCGGCCGCAAACUCUCCUUCGACAUACUUGGCGCCACCGCGAUUAACCCCUUCGACGACGACAACGACAUCGAAUUCCUCUACAGAUCCAUAUCCAAUGGCGAUGGAUCGAAAUUCUCACCCUCCGAGUCGAAGCCUAGUCGGCGAAAACGCAAGAACAAAGGCUCGAAGAAGAAGAGAAUGAUGGCGUGUUCGAUUUGCGAAGAUUUGGUUCUGGAUGAUCCGAAUCACGCAUUGGAAGUGAAUUGUAAGAAUUAUAGCGUUGAGAGCGUUGUUUGUGAGGAGGUUACAGUUCCGGAGUGCACAGUGCGUGCGGUUAGGGAAUCGGAGUUCCAGAGUUUGCAGAAUUGCGAGGGGCGUUUGGUUGGGGGGGAGUUGAGGCAGAGAAGUGUGGCUGGUGGGAGUGAGGAGUCGGUGUUGCUGUCUCGAAUUGAUGAGAAUGCGAAGGAUGAGAGUGGUAACAAGGAAAUGGAUUCAUUGAAGCAAUGGGCGGAACCGAACGGCGAUGUUGUAAGGAAAUUGGAGACCGCGGAGUCAUUGGAUUGGAAGCGGUUGAUGGCACUAGAUCCCAAUAAUGUAUUGUUUGUGGAGAAGUCACCAGUGAAGUACUUUUUGGAAGAAAUGCAUAGUGGAAAUUCAUUACGGAGCACAACUACUCUUGGCAAUGAUAAAGAACGGCCAAGAGUAUAUGAUACUAUAUUCCGCUUGCCAUGGCGAUGUGAACUGCUUAUAGAUGUUGGCUACUUUGUCUGCUUGGAUUCCUUUUUGUCAUUGUUAACAAUCAUGCCAACAAGAAUUUUCAUGUCCUUUUGGAGGCUUUUUAAAACAAGGCAGUUUGAGAGGCCUUCUGCAGCAGAGCUGUCUGACUUUGGCUGUUUCCUUGUUCUGGCUUGUGGAGUUGCUCUUCUUAAACAAACAGAUAUCAGCCUUAUAUAUCACAUGAUUCGUGGUCAGGGAACAAUCAAACUUUAUGUGGUGUACAAUGUGUUGGAGAUUUUUGACAAACUAUGCCAACAUUUUGGUGGAGAUGUACUGCAAACCCUAUUUAAUACUGCGGAAGGACUUGCAAACUGUUCACCAGAAAGCACAAAAUACUGGAUAUGGAGAUUCAUUUCAGACGAAGCAUUAGCUGUGGCUUCAUCAAUUGUUCAUUCAUUCGUCUUAUUAGCUCAUGCCAUUACUUUGUCAACCUGUAUUGUCGCUCACAAUAAUGCCUUGAUGGCUUUGUUGGUAUCAAACAAUUUUGCGGAGAUCAAGAGCAACGUAUUUAAACGUUUUAGUAAGGACAAUAUUCAGAGUCUGGUAUAUUAUGAUUCGGUGGAGAGGUUUCACAUUUCAUCAUUUUUAUUAUUCGUCUUAGCCCAAAAUAUUCUGGAAGCUGAGGGUCCUUGGUUUGAAAGUUUUCUUUUUAAUGCUCUCCUGGUUUAUGUCUGUGAAAUGAUGAUUGAUAUAAUAAAGCAUUCAUUUAUUGCUAAAUUUAAUGACCUAAAGCCCAUUGCAUACUCUGAAUUUCUUGAAGAUCUUUGCAAACAGACUCUGAAUAUGGAAAUGGAAAAUGGGAAGAAAACCCUCACUUUUGUUCCUUUGGCACCAGCUUGUGUGGUAAUUCGAGUAUUGGCUCCAGUAUAUGCUGCUCAUCUUCCAUAUAGUCCACUUCCAUGGAGACUCUUUUGGAUCUCACUUCUGUCUACCAUGACUUUUGUCAUGCUUUCAAGUCUCAAAGUGUUGAUUGGCAUGGGCCUUAAGAAACAUGCCCAGUGGUAUGUCAAUAGGUGUCAAAAGCGAAAACUUCACUCUGACUAAUUGAAUAGAGAAAAACAUAUUUGUGCAACAAAGCAAGCUUUCUUCGGCAAGUGGCAAGACUUUCAUAAUUGAUAGUGAUCAUAAAAUCCACUGGUAAAUAGCAGAACAUGACUGAGGGUAGUCUUGUUUCGCAAAGUUGUGAAGUUCGCUUGGAGGUUACUCCCAAUUUUGUAACAGAGAGAGACUGGCUAUUGAUUCAAAAACAUUGACUUGUACACGAGUUCAAAGGGUUUCAAUGUCCUCAAAAGCUAUAAUAAUGUAAUAUGCUGAUAGUUUAUCAUGCUUUUAUAGAACAUUGGUCACAACAAUACUGAAAAUAUAGUGGCUAUUGGAAAAUCUUCUUCCAUUUGAAAGGUCUGUGCUUUGAACAACUACUCCAACUAAGUUUAUCAUAAGAAAAUUUGUCAAGGGUUGCUUUGGAAUUACAGAAUUGUGUCGCUC